AUGGACACAGUGCUCCUCCUGCUGUCAGUUGUGUGUUUGGGUGUCUACUCUCAGCCAAUCACAGACAACCAGCGUCUGUUCUCCAUCGCAGUCAGCAGAGUCCAACACCUCCACCUGCUCGCCCAGAGACUCUUCUCCGACUUUGAAAGCUCUUUGCAGACAGAGGAGCAACGUCAACUCAAUAAAAUCUUCCUGCAGGAUUUCUGCAACUCUGAUUAUAUUGUCAGCCCGAUCGACAAACACGAGACACAGCGCAGCUCGGUUCUGAAGCUGCUGUCAAUCUCCUAUCGAUUGAUUGAGUCCUGGGAGUUUCCCAGUCGCUCUCUGUCUGGAGGUUCAUCUCUGAGGAACCAGAUUUCACCAAGACUGUCUGAGCUGAAGACAGGAAUCCUGCUGCUGAUCAGGGCCAAUCAGGAUGAAGCAGAGAACUUCCCUGACAGUGGCGCCCUCCAGCUCGCGCCUUACGGAAACUAUUACCAAAGUCUGGGAGCUGAUGAAUCGCUGAGACGAAGCUAUGAACUGCUGGCAUGCUUCAAGAAGGACAUGCACAAGGUGGAGACCUACCUGACGGUGGCUAAAUGUCGACUCUCUCCAGAAGCAAACUGCACUCUGUAG